AUCAAGGGUGUAUCCCUUGUGUCAUGAUGUUUCUUGAGUGACAGAAAACUUAGGGGCAAUAAAGACCCAGACAGCUGUGCUGCUCAAUUUACAGACAGGCCCCUCCAGAGAAACCUGGGAAGAUUCUGCACUAUCAGCUCCCUCUCUGAGGUCAGCACGUGGACCUGACUACUCUUUGGUGCCCAGUCUUGUUGGCAACUAAGAGAGUGGUGAGACAACCUGGCUUUAAGGAGCAGCUACUUCUAGAGUCAGAUCAGUCAAGGGUGCUGAGAACCGGACUCAGAAUCAGAGGAGACAUGAGCAAUCCUCGGCCUUUGGAAGAGGAGGCCUAUGACAUGUCAGGUGCCCGCGUAGCCCUGACGCUGUGUGUCACCAAAGCCCGGGAAGGCUCGGAGGCGGACCUGGUGGCCCUGGAACGCAUGUUCCAGCAGCUGGGAUUUGAGAGUACCAUAAAGAGAGACCCCACUGCUCAGCAAUUCCAGGAAGAACUGGACAAAUUCCAGCAGGCCAUUGAUGCCCGGAAAGACUUCGUCAGCUGUGCUUUCGUGGUGCUCAUGGCACAUGGGCUAGAAGGUCAGCUCGAAGGAGAAGACGAGCAGAUGGUCGAGCUGGAGAACCUGUUCGAGGUUCUAAAUAACAAGAAUUGCCAGGCCCUGAGAGCCAAGCCUAAGGUGUACAUCGUGCAGGCCUGUCGAGGAGAACAAAUGGACCCUGGUGAAACAGUAGGUGGAGGCAACAUUGAGAUGAUCACAAAAGACAGGCCCCAAACCAUCCCAACGUAUACGGACGCCCUCCACAUAUACUCCACAGUGGAGGGGUACCUUUCCUACAGACAUGACAAAGAAGGCUCCUGCUUCAUCCAGACCUUGGUUGAUGUGUUCACAGAGAUGAAAGGACCCAUUCUGGAGCUUCUGAGCGAGGUAACCCGGAGGAUGGCAGAAGCAGAGGUGGUUCAGGAAGGGGAGGCGAAGAAAGUGAACCCUGAAGUACAAAGCACCCUUCGGAAACGGCUCUAUCUGCAAUAGAUGUAGAAAGGACAGGGAGGGGCAUCCUUUUGGGUGCUCUGUCUCCCCCUCAGAUGUUUAAAGGCAGCUCUCACUACUCCCCCAAAAUCUUCUUUUCCCUCCCUCCCCCCCUCAAAGGUAAAUGUCACUCAGUCCUUUCAUCACACCCCUUAUGCAGGUUCAACCUGCCCCUGUCCUUCUUAAAGCAAUCCAGCUAAAACUGAGCACAGGCAUGGUUGUAACAAGAACAUCACCUCCCUCAGGCUGGGCUAUGUACCUCUAUUAACGCAACCAAGAGGGUACUCACUUAUCAGACUUUCUGCUCCUAUGCUUAUCUGAAACUCAUUCUAGCUUUUAUGAAUUAUGCCCGUACAAAUGUAACUGGAUGAAGCUCAAGAUUUUACAUUAAUAAACCAAUGCUCACUCACCUC